AUGGCUCAAAGGUUCUUGUUGGCGAACGUCAAUCACUGUGCCAGAGCUCAGGAUCUACUACACCAGAGCAUGGCACAGUGGAUGACACACGUAUGUGUGGUGACAGAGCCUUAUUACGUGCACGAGAGGGAUGAUUGGGCCGGCGACCUGGAGGACAAAGUCGCAGUGAUCACCAACCCAGCAGCGGACUCCUUACCCUUCAGUAAGAUCCGGAGGGGCCGGGGAUGCGUCGCCGCUCUGGUAGGCGACAUUGUGAUAGUGGGGGGUUAUUUCUCUCCGAAUCGCUCUGUCGCCGAAUUCGAGACGUUCCUAGCAGAGGCCGGUACUCUGCUGACUGGGUGGGGUCGUCCCCACGAAGUGUUGGUGGCCGGAGACCUCAACUCGAAAUCGCAAUCGUGGGGCUCCCGUGUGACGGAUAUUCGUGGGGAACUAGUGGAGGACUGGUUGGUAUCGCACGGACUGGUAGUGGUGAACCGGGGAACGGUUGACACAUGCGUGCGAAUGCAGGGCGGCUCCGUUGUGGACAUUACGUUCGCGAGCCCUGCUCUAGCGCGCCGUGUCCAGACCUGGGAGGUGAUGGAGGGGGUUGAGACUCUGUCGGACCACAGAUAUGUGCGUUUCGACAUCUCUCCCCCCUUCCAGGUCCCCCCGAGUAGCACAAAUCGAUCCCCGGAAGAGAUUGGUCCGCGGUGGGCGCUGAAGCGCCUAGACCGCGACACACUGGCAAUAGCAGCACUGGUAGAGAGCUGGUCGCCGUGGUCAGAUGGAGCAGAGCCAGGCCGCGAAGUUGAGUGGUUCAGGGAGGCCAUGUCGCACGUGUGCGAUGCGGCGAUGCCCAGAGUAAGGGUGCUGCCGCCUCGCACAGCAGUGCACUGGUGGUCUCCAGAACUGGCUCGACUAAGAGAGGCAUUUCACGCCUCUGCAUAUUACGUGCGGUACGAACCAAAAGCCAAUCCGUACCUGGACAUCAUCAGGAACAUUCUGAAACGCCAGCUGGAAGGCAACGUCAAUAUAAUGGCACACCCUUCUGACCCGGGAGUGGUAGUUGCUACGCACGUGCCGAACGUGACGAGGAUUCCCGAAUGCGACCCGACUGCUGACGACGAUGACGACUGCAAAAUGCAAAAACGCAAGAACAAAAAACAGUGGGACAGGAAAACUGUGGAAAACGGCCUAUCUAGACGGGAUUUAUUGAAGAUAAUAGACAUUUUGGACUACGAAAAAUAGGACGUCACCUUUAUCAGGAUAAUACCAAAGAAACAGACCAUUGCUCAAACUUUCAA